AUGCCUCACAGAGACUCUGAUGGCGAAGACUUUGAAGCUGAGCUCAAUGCAGUCAGCGAUGCUGAAGAUUCAGACUCUGAAGGCUUGAGUGACGAUGAUCUGGGAACGUUGAGGGCAGUCCUAACUGUUCCUCAGCCUGAUGCACCAAUGCACGAAGUUCGCAAGGCUCUUGAAACUGCUCAACGAGCUUACAAUACACUACGAGUAGAGUUUCGAGCUCUUAAAAAGGACUACUUCACUCUUUCGGCCACUGUUCCCGCCCGCAGCCGCAACUGCACUCUCAAGAAGACGUCUGCACUCGAUAUGAAGAUCACUUCCCAAGGGAAGAUCUAUGCGUUAUUCUAUCACUUUUGGGUCAUCCCUGGAGUAUUUCCGACGACUCCCCAGCCUGAUGUUGACCCACGCAGUUCUUCGCAUUGGGCAUCUCCCAAGGCUAAGCUCGAUGGUUCUAUGGCCGAAUUGUACCAGUGUGUGCCCCAGGAUCUCCACAAGUCCAUGGAGAAGUACAUGGCCUUUGAUUCCUUGUUUCGUGCUGCAGUUAGCGCAGAGCAUUCAAACAUUGUACAUGCUAUCAAGAGUUGCGCAGGCAUUAUCUUUUCAGAUCUCAAGCUGGAUCCAUCGCUCUUUGCAUCUCAGACAGAUGUUAGAAAGUGGGACAACGAGGACCUCCUUGCAUUACUGAAACGAAACGGCAAUGGAGAAUACAUUCGGCUGGCACCUGUCCUAUUCACGAGACCUGAUGUAAUGUCUGCUGAUGAGUUCCUCAAGAGUCCGGUCCUUGUCAAAAUCAUUCAUGUCGAGAUAUUCGGGAAGAAGGUCCUGUCUGGGAAGAUCAAAGGUCAGAAGGCCAGGGGCCAGCGUUGCAAUGCGCAGUGUGUAACCAAAGGGUUGAUUGUGGGUGCCGCUGUUAUGGCGCGUUUUUUGUUGACGCACAAUCCUGAAUUCACAGCAACGGGUGCCGAGACCAAGAUCAAUUACCAAGCCGACUACGAUUUCUACCUAGAGCGCUUAUUCAAGCGCACACCAUGGGCCUGUAGCAUCAUGAACUUCUUCAAUAAGGAAGUCUUCAACAUCACCAGCCCGUCUCAUGCACCAGCCUCUGAUGACUCUUAUACCAUCCCUCAACCUCGCACAUGGGAGGAUGACCUUCUUGAUGAACUCGAUGCUCCUAUAAUCACUCAGGUUUUGACUCCGACGACUCGCACUCCUUCACCUGCCGCUAGCUCAGCAAUAGUCGAUGUCACGUCCAGCUACCACAUGUCCAUGUCCAUCAACCAAGGACAAUCUGUGUCCACAACGUCGCAGCUGCAACUUGGUGUUAGUCGGUUGUCACUGGGUAACCAUGAGCCGCCUGUAUCAGGGACUCACAGCGCAUCUUCUCGUCAAUUUCUACUCCCAGUUGCUCAGCCCCCCGUACCAGUGACUCACAGCGCAUCUUCUCCUCAAUCUCGACUCCCGGUUCCCGAGCCUUCUGUAUCAGUGUCAAUGACCCACAGCGCAUCUUCCUUUCAGGCUCAACUCCCAGUUCCCGAGCCACCUUUCGUGUCAGAGCCUGACAAGGCUACACGUGUCACUCGCCAUGGCGGCACCAGAGCAGUUGCUCCUACCAAGGCCAGAAAGGGGAAGGGGAAGCGCUGA